UCUUUAUCCUUUUCACGGUUGGUCGGACGGAAAGUCACCCUCGAACAACCAACUGCCAAUCGGCGCGUUGUUUAUCGUCCCGUUCUCCGAAGGUAAUCUCCUCAGACUAUUUGGACGCGUUGGGAACGUCGGAGCGAGUGCUGCUCGCGCGCUCGGACACUUUAUAUUUUAAUAUCGCGACACUUUGCGAGAGGGUUGACGCGCGAAAGUUGCGAUCAAAAUUUGACGAAUCGCGAACGAUGCGAAGAUCGCAACGAGGAGAUUUCGAGAAUUGACAAGCUCACCCGUGCGCGCGUUAUUCGUAUUCGCAACAAGUUGCGAGAGAGACUUUUUCCGCACCGAUUCUUUUUCGCGUUUUUCUCGUUCGCGAGUGUGUGUCUCUCGUUCCUUGUAAUACGUGUGUGGUUCGUGAUCGGAAGACUCAAACGCGGUUGAUGUUACUGUGAAAAAGAAGCCGAGAGAAACGGGAGAGGAUCGCUUCUCUCUCUCUCUCGCUCUCUCUCUCUCUCUCCUUCAGUGAUGGCAUCUGUAUCUUGGAACGUAAAACGGACUGUACUCACGAACGAUCGCGUUCGAAGGGCAUGUCGCGUGCCGUGAUCUUCGUAGAUCUCUUCUUCCGAGGAUAUCUGACGUUUAGGUUUGACGAGGGAAGAACUCACGGCGAAUGAGGAGAGUUGGCGGAAGGGCAAGUUCGGCGAUGAGAGUUUGAGUCGGCGGAAAAGUGCUUUCAAGAGUGCCCGGGCCCCUGCUUCUUCCGUCAACUACGAGAGAGAGAGUGGAAGACGACGUGGGAGAGAGAGGUAAAGAGUGCGCUGUAAAAAAGGAAGCGGAGUGCGGGACGAGUGUGUCGCUGACACGAGUGACGCGACGUGACGUGACGUGACGUGACGUCGUCGGGGGCGUCGAGAUGCAUCGUGAUGAGAUGGUCGCCCCUCUCGGAUCCGUCGCGACGCUCGUCGCGCUUCUCCUCUGCGUCUCCAGCAGCUGCCACGCCAGGAUAACCAAUCAGGAGAUCGUGACAAUGACAGAUGCGGAAGCGGUGGCAGGCGGAAUUGCUCAGCUACCGUGCGACGUGAAACCGCCGCUCCCGGGGGACAGGCUGCACCUAGUUAUUUGGUACAAGGAGGAGUCGGAUGCGCCGAUAUACAGUUUCGACACGAGAGGGAGCGACACUCUGGAGCAGGGAAACCAUUGGCAGGCGAAAUCUCUGGAAAGACGCGCGUUCUUUAAAUAUGGCGAGUUGCCCGCGAAGCUCGCCCUGGAACAUGUUCGCGAAAACGACGCGGCUGUUUACAGAUGCAGAGUCGACUUCAAGCAGUCGCCGACGCGCAACAGCAAAGUCAAUCUAACGGUCAUCAUACCGCCGGAGCAGCUUAGCAUAUUGGACGGAGACGAGGGGCCUCAUAUUCCCGAUUACAAACUCGGCCCGUACAGCGAGGGAGCGUCUCUCAAUCUCACGUGUGUCGCCGCCGGUGGGCGACCGCAACCACGAGUGACAUGGUGGCACGAGAAUGCUUUGCUCGACGACAGUUACGAGACCGUCGGCGCUAAAAGGGUUCGCAAUGUGCUGCGAUUGGAAAAGUUAGGCCGCGAGCAUUUGCAUGCGGUUCUGACCUGUCAAGCCUCGAACAACAAUAUGGUGGCGCCAAUAUCGAGUUCGGUGUCGCUCGAUAUGAAGUUAAAACCGCUCUGGGUUCGGAUUCGAGGAGAAAACCGUCCAUUUAGCGCCGGCAAGCCCUACGAGAUAGUUUGCGAGGUUGUCGGAGCCAGGCCGAGACCGAGGAUCAUAUGGUCCAAAGGGAACACGAUACUGCGAAAUGCGCGGGAGAUGACGAGCCGCGACGACGAUAACACAACAACCAGCACCCUCACAUUUGAGCCGAGUAUCGAAGACGCCGGAAAGUUCCUCUACUGUCGCGCCAGCGUGCCAGAUAUUCCGGACUCGGAGAAGGAGGACGCAUGGCAGCUCAAUAUAUAUCACGCGCCUGUGGUUACCCUCGAGCUUGGCAGCAAUUUGAAUUCGAGCGCUAUUCGGGAGGGUAUCGACGUUUACUUCGAGUGCAACAUCAAGUCCAAUCCCUGGGUUUACAAGGUUUCCUGGCGCCAUAACGGCAAUCCUCUGUAUCACAAUCCCGCGACCGGAACGAUAAUAAGUAAUCAGAGUCUGGUGCUGCAAAGCGUCACUCGCAGCAGAGCUGGGAUUUACACGUGCAUCGGCAAUAAUCAGGAGGGCGACGGCGAGAGUAAUCAACUGAACUUGGACAUAAAGUUUGUGCCGGUAUGCCAACACGGUCAGACCAAGGUAUUCGGCGUGGCGCGGCAGGAGACCGCGAACAUCCCCUGCGAGCUGGAGGCGAACCCGCCGGAAGUAUCGUUCACCUGGAAAUUCAAUAAUACAAUGGAGGCGGUGGACAUACCUCAGGCGCACGUCACGAGCGAGCAUACACGCUCGAUAGCCUCCUACACACCGAUGACCGAGCUGGAUUACGGCAGCCUCCUUUGCUGGGGCAGCAACGACCAGGGCACUCAGCUCGAGCCCUGCGUUUACCAUAUCGUGCCUGCCGGUCGGCCGGAUACGCCGCACAACUGCUCCUUGCUGAAUCAAACGACCGAUUCGAUUUACGUGGAGUGCAUCGAGGGCUUCGACGGCGGCAUGCCACAGAAAUUCACCAUGCAGGUGAAUCGCGAGCCAGGAUCCGGCAAGGCCGGCGCCACCGUUUACAAUCAGACCAACAAGGUGCCGAUCUUCUCCGUCAGCAAUUUGGAUCCCGGCACCACCUACGAGGUCUUCAUUUACUCCACCAACGCCAAAGGUCGCAGCGAGACCGUGCGAUUUCGCGCCACCACCCUAAAUCUCCCUGAGAGACGAACAGCAGGUGAGAGGCUGGCGCAACCACCCUCGCCGGAGAAUUGCACGAUCCGUGAGGAGAGCCGGACGACCGUGCGUGUCAGCUGCGCCGAGAGCGAGUACUUCGACGCGAACACCGCCACCUACGUGCUGCAGGUCUUUGACGCCAACACCAGGCGGUUGCUGGCGUCCGCGACCAGCCUGACGCCGAGCAUGCUCGAGGUGACGAAUCUGCCAACCGAGAGGAGCCAGUCGGGUCUGGUGCUGUCCCUCAGGAUCAUGACGGCGCACGCGAUGAGCGACGCCACGGUCAUCCACAGUCCGCAUUUUGUACAGGAGGGUAAUACCUCGGAGCACCAACAUUACCCAGCCCUGACGCCGGUUAUGCUGUCACUGUCGGGCCCGCUGCUGGGCGCCGUGGUCGGCGCCACGGCGGGGCUGCUGCUCGUGAUCUUCGUGAUCGUUCUCGCUGUCAAGCUGCGCUAUCGACCCCGAUCUCAGGAGGACUCUCACGACGACGGCGGCAUGGCAAAUCUGGCGGCGUCGGGUACCGGCGCCUCGUCCCCGCGUGACAAAUCGUCGACCUUGCCCCUCAGCACCGAUAGCAUCGAGAGCUUCGAGAAGAAUCCCGACAUAAUACCGCACGCGAACGAGAACUCGUACGCAGAACUGUGCAAAGGAACAUCGCCACGAUACGUGCUGCAACAGUCACGUCCGGACACGAGUACUUUUGUGGCGGCGAAUAACGUGUCCGAGUUAACGUACGCCGAAUUAACGCUGAAUCGGGGAAACCGGCGAAUACCCCCGAACUGCUACCAGCCCGUACAAAUCUCGAGCAUCCAGCGGCCCCAGCUGCUGCCCAUGUCUACCUUGACGCGCAGACAGCCGAUCCAGGAGCCGACGAUUUACGCGCAAGUCGCCAGUCAUUCUAAACCGAUUUACGUGCCACCCCCGCACCCGUACAUGAAUCGUCCCAGCGACGAAACUACGGCGGAAACGCCAUUGAUUGGACACGACAAUAAGAUCCCCACGAUCAGCCAUUCGGGCAGCUCAAUCUGGCGUACCGACGCGCCGCCUUCCUCGAACGCGCCAACGACAUGAUUCCAGCAAGCUGCGUCGUAACUCACGAUUCCAUUUCGCUCCUGAACGUCUCUUAAUGUACCCAUCCCUCGUUCGAGAAAGAAAACAAAAAAAUCUACACAUCGAUCCGCACACAUACACACACACACACACACACAUACACUCACACACGUAAAGUGUUGUUAAGCGAGGUGUUCUUCGAGAAGGAGACGUGUCGCGGCCCCCCAUCAGCCGGUAAUAGAAAAAAAAAUUUGUUAGACUACGAGUGUUAAAUAGAGGAUUCGUUCGACGAUGAAAGUAAUUAAUGAAAUCGCGCGGAGUAUAUAUAUGUAUACAAUAUUAGGAGAUUAUGCGCUUAACCGAAUGAUUUGUGAUAGCGGUUGGUCGGAGCCGGAGAAUGGAUUGAACCGUUUUUCAGCCGUCCGUAAAAUCCGAAGCGUGCAUACGUACGUGCAAGCGUUGUUGUUUCGAAUUCGAAAUAGCGUCUAACCCGUUCCCGUUCCCGGUCGAAAUCGAAAAUUCGAGAGGAUUUUACCUUAUCGAGAGAUAGUGUUUCGCAAUAAUUAUCACAAUAGGGAAGAUGCAAAUUGUUUCGGCGCUACGGAGAACGGUGGAUCUCUCUUCAUUUUUUUUUUUUUUCAACUCGUAAUAUUCACGGCACUCAAUGUUGUUGUUGUUAUUUUUCAAUUCCCAAAUAACAGAGAAGAGAUAUGCGAUGCUGAUAUUACGCCGGAAUUAAUGUUAAUAUCUCAAGGGUAUUUAUGCUCGCUUUAUUCUGUAUGACACGUCGAUAUCGCGAACCAUUGUGACGACACAAACGAAAAUCCGCGCGGCACAUAGCCUUUUGACCGUGUAUUAUUAAACGGAAAGUAUCAAAUUUCAAUCUCGCAAAUAUAUAUAUAUAUAUAUAUAUAUAUAUAUAUAUAUAUGUAUAUACUUUGAUAUAUUCGACGCUUAAUUUCAACGAGUGCGCGUAAUUGCGAGUUGAAAAUCGAAAUAACGACUUGCGCAACGCCUCUGCGUGUAAAUCAAAGAAACAGUCGGUGAAUUUGCGAACGAAACGAUUUAGUGUGAUUGGUAUAGAAAUAAAGUCGCGCGCGCGAUUGUUGUUUUUCGUGUAAUUUCGACACGUUCUCUCUACAACGGUAGAGUGUUGUCACAGAAGAAAUUUCGUUUUGUUCGCGACAUUUAACCGCGAGUCAAUUUACAUACAACACACACAUAAGCGAUUGUUUGAAUAAUAAACAACUUCCCCGAUCGUCUCGUUUCCGAUUGUUAUUGCGUUAUUUACAAAAUUCUCGAAUACAAAAAACCAUAAGAUUUGAUAAAGAGUUUUUUACAUAAGGAAUACAAAAAUAUUUCUAUAUAUCAAAUUGUUUUCAUUUUCGAAAACAAAACGUGUGUGUUCGAAAAGAUAAUUCCAAAAUUUUUACAAACCGAAAAUCCUUUGAGUAUACGACAAUUUUCUCGAGCGAUUAAUUAAGUUUGUAUUAACUAAGUUAUUAUAUUAACUAAGUUAUUAUAGUCAAGUACAUAUACACAGAAUAUGUCAUAUAUGUUAUGUAUAUUCUGUAAAAAGUAGACGGUUUAAAGGAGAGUCGCAAUUUACCUCGGGGAAAAAUCACGUAAAUCACUGAUAUUGGAAAUCUCUUUGCGAUAACCGAGUUUGUUUUUUGUUACUUAUUACUACUGAUGAGAAACGCACGCAACAAAAAGAAGUGCAGGAUUAAAUUCCAAUAACGAACAUCUGCUCCGCAUUUUAUGAUUUCGUAAUAAGUUCUUUUACGUUGUGUGCGGAGCGAUAUGUUAAUUUGGAUUAUUACACGAGCGAAAAAAAAAAAAAAACAAAGCGAACAACUUCGCCCGAAUUAUCUUAGAAACAUUUUGGACCCGUCUACUUUUCCAGAGCGCUGCCAUAUUUCGAAAUAAAUAAAAUAAAAAAAAAAAUAAAAAAACACGCGAUGUACGAGCUUUAACGUUGUGGUAACGGGAAGAAUGCCUUCUUUUUCACUUCGGUUCUUAUAGUUACCCGCUACAUACUUGUGUAGUAUCACUUAGAGUAGGCCGUUUUAUUUAGAACGACGUAUUAUAGACGAGUUAUUACCCCCGGUAGAGCAGAGUAUAGACAGAAGAUUGUGAGAAGAUAGAGAAAUGAAGGGGGAAAAACAAAAGCGCGCGAAGCGUUCUGAGGAUCGCGAUCGAUCGUCGACGUGAGGAAUUCUUGCAAGACUGGGUCUCACGAGAAGCUUGUGAAGAAGUGAACGAGAGAGAGAUAUGAGAGCUUUACAUCACACCGAGCGAUCACGUCGAAUGAUGAUGACCGUAAAAGAAAAUCCUCGCGAGAGCCUUUUGUCACGCGCGACUCUUUCGAAGAAACUGACGGAAAGGCGCGCGCGCGCGCAGAUUUCAUGCGCAUAGAGUGCCAUAACAAAGAGACGGGUUUGUUUUUCACUCGAGGGUUUGUCGAAUUACAGUCUUGUUCGAGAAAUUUAUAUGUUUGUAAUAAUCAAAAUUGUUACUUGUUUCGGAAAGUGUGCGUAGCUGAAUUCUAAUUUAGAUUUAUAUGUAAUAUAUAUAUAUAUAUACUCUUGAAAACAACUAUAAACUAAUUUUACAAUAAAUAAGAACUUUAAAUGUGUUGAGUAUAGCGAAUUAUAUUUGUUGCUUAAUUUUCCGCCCGUCUCUCCAGCGUACGAGUUCACGAGACAAAUGAGAAUGAUGAAAGGAAAGCGUGUAAUUGAGGAAAAAUAUAAGAAUCGCGUUCGUUCACACCUUUUUUCCCCACUUGUUCGCAUUCUUCUAUUGGUUUUAUGAGCCAAAUCAAUAUCGAGAGACUUACAUCACUCUCAUUCGACGAUGAACUCGUAAACAAUUGCUGCGCGAAAGCAACUGUUGUUCGAACGAAUUCGAUAUUGUUGUUGUAUAGUGUAACGACCACGACUUGUUUUAUCGGAGAAAAACAAAAAAAAACAAAAAAAAAAAAACGAAAACGUCGCUUGAAACGCGUCGGUUUUUAGAUUGUAAUAAACAAUUAUUGCGUUUUAAUUAGCUAAAUUAUUCUUCUUUCGUGUUACAAGGUCACGGCAAUGUUCGCGAGUUCAGUAGGAAUUUUGCUGGUUCAUCCGCGAGAAAAAAGAUGUAAAAAAAAAAAAAGAAGCAAGAGUUUUUGAAUCUCUGACAGGUUUCUCAGAGGUUUAUUAAGAUCUUGCGGUUUUGUUUCUUUUGUUGUCUCGCGUAGCAAAUUCGAAUAACGAUAAUUUGCGAGCAAUUUUCACGUUGCAUUUUUUUUUCCACACUCGUAUGCGAUAUAUUAUAAACGCGGAUAUUGAACUUCGUUUGCGAGUAAAAUUCUAAUUGUUAUUAUCUUGAGAUCACUUUUCUCCCGAAAUAGUAAGUAAUAAUAACGCACUAUCGAUUAAACAAAUUCGCUGUAUUCGCUCAAUGUCUCAAACUAUACGAUGUAGAUGUUAGAGGAAUCAGAAAUCUUACAUUCAUCAGAAUGCAGGACAUUACGAGAAACAAAGUGAUAUGAGAAAAAACUCCCCCUUCCUUGUCGUCUACUCUUGCUGUUGUACACAUUACUGUUGUAUAUAAAAGUUCACAUUAUCAGAAAAACAAAAUGUUUUAAAAUAUCUGUAUUUAUGAUUUAUCGCCUUCUCUUGCGAAGCACUUUAGUAUAAAGAAAACGAACGAUUUCUCCUUUUCAACGCACUUAAAACGAGAAAUCUCUGUACAUAGAACUUUCUUCCUUCGUAUAUAUACAUAUAGUAUAUAUAUAUAUAUAUACACAUUUAUAUAUGUGUUCUGACGUAUAUGAGCUUUCUGGUUCACUUUAAACGACGAGAUUAUUGUCCUUUUGAUAAGAUCAACGAUCGAAUAUGUUCGAGUGAGCUCGAGACGAUGAGCUCUAUUUGUAAUCUAAAUUUUAAAAUACUUUGUAAGUUAUUAAACGAUAUAGAGAGCGAGAAGUUUUCGCGAAGUCGCUCACGCACUCGAUGUCGAAUUAUUUACUCGAACUCGUUAAAUCGCAUCAAUGUUUCACGUUUCCGCACAACGUGCGCAUCGUUUCCUUAAUAUACAUAUUCAUGAAUAAGUUUCCAAACGUGUAACGGCAAAAUUGAAGCAAAACGAAAUGUACGACUUUUUUGCGACUCGAAUAUAUUUAUGUGCUUUUUAUCAACUUUUUAAAUAUUGAUUUUGAGAAAUUAUCCCAUUCCUUGACUAACAAACAUGAAUAAUAUUUAGAAACAAUACACAUGGCGCGCGAAAUGUCAAAAACCGAUGCGGUUUAAUGCGUUAAACUGCGUGCGUGCGUGCGUGCGUGUGUGUGUGUGUGUGUGUGCAUCGAGUGUUUUAUGUGAGCGGCGAUUAUUAAAUAAUAAAGAGAUAAUGUGGAAUAAAGACAGAGAGUGGCGGUUAGCUGUGCGCCAAAAUCAGAGAAAUUCCGUAUUUUGUCAGAUAAUUAUAAAUUAUCUAAUUAUUGCCAGUGUAAUAUAAAACUUUGAUAUUGUAUUGUUAGUAUGCAUCGUGGGUAUUACAGAGAAUGGAAUUUAAAUAUAAAAUAUACAUUACAAUACCGAGCAUACGCAUAUGUAUACACGAGUGUUUGUGUAAAGAAUA